AUGCCGUCUAUCAUCACGGGGCCUAUGGCCUGGCACGAUGGCGAGAAGAAGAUGCAUAGCUUACUCCAUAUCCCACUACCGGACAACCCCACAAACCCUUUCCUAACCCCCAGGAUACAUAUGUAUCUUCAGACCUUUCCUUUGAUGGCCAUUGGUGCAGUUGACCGCGAGGGAAAACCCUGGACGACCAUCUGGGGUGGCGAAGUCGGCUUCGCAACUCCCACGGCUGAGGGCUACGUCCAGAUCAACACCCCUGUUGAUGGCAAAUACGAUCCUCUUGUAGAUGUGCUGUUGCAAGAUUCGCCAAAAGAUCAGUCCACCAAAAGGCUACUCUCGGGCCUAGUAAUUGACCUAGAAUCUCGCCGUCGGGGAAAGCUCCACGGCAGGCAGAUUUCCGGGUCCAUUGCCUCAGUAGACGGGGACGACGCCGCUGAAGAGCAUACAGGAAUUGCGAACAUGGCAGUCCAUAUUGACGCGAGUUUAGGAAAUUGCCCCAAAUAUAUAAAUAUAAGGCAUAUCGUGCCUGCUUUGCCGGAUCCAAGAUUGGUUUCCGAUUCUCCCCAACUACCACCAGAUGCUAUUAGCUUCCUGGAUCGAGUUGACACGCUUUUCAUCUCUUCUUCUAAUGGAACAGUCGACAUGGAUACGAAUAUUCGCGGAGGCCCCCCUGGUUUCGUUCGUGUGGUGUCCAAUGAGCCGAGUGGAGCCGUUUUUGUUUACCCUGAAUAUUCGGGCAAUCGAUUAUAUCAGACCCUGGGCAACCUCCAGGUGACUCCGCUCGCGGGAUAUGUCUUUCCAGAUUUCGAAACGGGGAAUGCGCUUUUUGCUACCGGAACAGUAGAGAUUCUGGUCGGCAAGAAUGCGGCCGCCGUGCUGCCGAGAUCCAAUCUCGCCGUGAGGGUGACCGUCACUGCUGCUCGAUAUGUAGAGAGAACCCUCGCGUUUCGAGGCAUCGCAGGGGACCCAUCUCCAUACAACCCAAGCGUGCGGUACCUGGCAAGCGAGAAGGCCAUCCCGACUAUUGACGAAGGUCCAUCUAUCACAGCCACCCUGGUGCGGAAAGAAAUCAUUACCCCUAAUAUUGGCCGAUUUCGCUUCCGUAUGUCAGAUCCUAAACAAAUGGGACCAUGGACGCCGGGCCAAUACGCAACAUUCUCUUUCGAGGAAGAACUGAGCACGGGAUAUCAUCACAUGCAAGAUGACGACCCGUCUAGUCUAAACGACGACUAUGUCAGAACAUUCACGGUAUCGUCGUAUCCUGGCAAAUACCUCCCGCCCGAUGAAUUCGAGAUCACAGCUCGCAGACACGGCAACGUCACCCGCCAUCUUUUCCAGACCAGCGAACGAGCUGGAAUGGAAGUUCCCUUGAAGGGGUUUGGCGGUGAUUUUGCGAUCAGCUCUCAAGGCGGGCAGGAUAUUUUCCCUUUUAUCGCUGGCGGCAUCGGGAUAACGCCCGUCAUUGCACAGCUUCCGGGUAUUGAUAUCAGUCGUCUGCGUCUCUUCUGGUCCAUGCACACCGAUGACAUCGGGCUAGUUGUGGAUACAUUCCAGCGAUUUCCUCAACUGCCCCAAUCCACGAAGCUUUUCCUGACGGGGCCAGAUCCCCAGGAUGAAGAAGCGGUCCAACAAUUGGAAGCAAUCAAGGGGACGGAAGUGCAAGUUGAGCGGCACAGAAUGCAUGCUGCGGACCUGGACCUUUUAUUGGCAGACGUGUGGUAUUUCUGCGGCAGUCCUGCUCUAAAAGGCUCGGUGAUGGACUGGCUUACUGGGGAAACAGUUGUAUAUGAGGAUUUCAACUACUGA